UCUGAUGAGCUUCGGGGCGUUUUCGGAGCAAAGAAGCCGAGGCCCUUGCCCUCAAACCCGGAACUUCGGAAAUGCGAGGCAGCCGUCUUCACCGUAAGUAGUCAUCGUGACCGGCGGCGGGACGAGCGGCAGCCCGGGGCGGGCGGCAUUCCGGUCCGCCCCGCCGUGCACGCGCACCCCCGGCUGCGUCCGGGGCCCUUCGCGCGUGCACCGCCGAUUGACCCACUUUUAAUGCCGUCCCGCGUUGUGAGUCCGUCUGACUUACCCGGACCCAACUGAGCAGCUGGACCACCAGUACGAGACGAGACGCGAGCAUCGUCGUGCGCGAUCCGAGACAAAGGCGUGCGUGCGUGCGUGCGUGCGGCCGGCCGUCUGCCUUUGUCUGCUUUCAGUCUCUGCGCAUCUUCAUCUUCGUCCUCAGCGUCGCGUUCAAUCACGCGCGGCUGAAAUUGGAACGCAGCGGACCGGAAACGGGUUCGCGCUCGGUGCCGACGAGGACCCGAACCCGAAGACGCUGCGACGGACGCCAGGAAGCCCCGCCCAGGAAGCCCCGACCCACCCGCUCCCCUUCCUUCCAUCUUCAUCUUCAGCCACCAUCAUCAUCGUCAUGUGUGCUGAUGCUGAACAGGAUUAAAAAAAAAAAAAACCACAACCAAAAGUUAGAGCAUAUUUCAUGAGCCACUGCAAAAACUAGAACCUGUUUGUGCCAAAUGGAGACCCGGCAGAAAGUGCGGCGUUGCUUUUUGUGCGGAGGUGGCGCCAUCUGCUGGGUGCAGUCGGGCCUCGCGAAGCGUCGACGGGCGACGAGGCCGCCGCGUGAAGUCCAGCACCUCGGAAUCGGCUCUGUUGGCCCGGUACGUAUUUGUCGCCCUGGCACGGCAUUCAGAACCGACAAGAACAAAGUGCGAGAGGCAAAUCUUCAAGUCAUCGGAACGAUUCCUGAAAAGAGUCGCAGAUGCGCAAGAUGCAGUCGUCGUCUUCAUUUCGAUCCGUUAAGAGCGCCUUAAGGCCCCCCGAAGACCCCCAUCCCACGUCGUGUUAAGCUCGUACACCCGUCGGCAAAGUGACCGGUCGUGCGCGAGUCUACGAAGUGACUUGGCACCGGUUGGACCCUCAGGACGCGAGAAUGUGUCCCAACAACGGCGCGAGGCAGAAACGAGGUCCGGAAGGAUCUCGCCCGCUCCGGCUGCCGAUUGGAGGAGGCCGCGGAGGGGGCGUGGCCGGCGGGAUCAGGUGGAGCAGGAUCGGCGAGCCCUUUUCGACCGGGACGAGCUGCGAGCACAGCGACAUCAUCAUGGCCGUCAAUAAAUGCAUCAAAUAUUUGCUCUUCUUCUUCAAUCUUCUCUUCUGGCUGAGCGGCUGCGUCAUCCUGGGCGUGGCCAUCUACCUGAAAGUCAACAAGGACGGCAACUCGAUCACCGACGAGUCUCUCCCGGGCAUCGACCUCCUGAUCGCCGUGGGCGUCAUCAUCAUGGCGUUGGGCUUCCUGGGGUGCUGCGGCGCCAUCAAGGAGAACCGAUGCAUGCUCAUCCUGUUCUUCGCCAGCCUCCUGCUCAUCUUCAUCCUCCUGCUGGCGGCGGGAAUUCUGGGCGCCGUGGGCGAGAAGAAGGUGAAGGAGUGGGUGAAAGAACGUCUUCAGAAGUUGACGCCGCUGUCGGGUCAGCCCGAGAACGUCAGGGACGACCUGGACAAGCUGCAGAAGGAGCUCAAGUGUUGCGGCCUGGUGAACGGCGCGUCCGACUGGGACGUCGUGCCCGACUCGUGCCGAUGUGGCCCCGGCGAGCCCGACUGCGGCGACGCCAACUUGUACACCACGUAAUCGUCGUCGUCGUCGUCGUGCAGCCGUGCUCCACUCGGAUCGUGCGUCUGCUGGAGAAGCACAUGGAAGUGGUCAUCGGCGUCGCGUUCGCCAUCGCCAUCCUGCUG